CACCAACCGUCCGUUACCAAGGCAACAGCUACUCUAGACAAACUCGAGUCCCUAAAAGUUAAACGAGAAAAAGCGCGAAUUGGAAUUAAACUUCCAGUAAAUAAGCUUAUGAUUAAGUCUAGUACCUCUUAGCUCUAAAAUUUAUAUUGUUUUUAUAGGCGAAACUCACAAUGGCAGGAGACGAAAGCGGGUUUGAGCAGACUUUCUCUUUCGGUCCUCUUCCUGCCAAGAGCUUCUCCUUCCAGGAUGAUAAGAGCACCUUGACGCUGUUGAUGAAAUGGUCCAUGCUGGGGAGGCUUUCAGCUCAGACUUACAGCUUUGACAGUAACUUCCAUCCUUACAGCUGUGAAACGUUUGCUUUGUGUUUCUUCAAAGACCCUCAGGUGAUUGCCAGUCUAAGGAAUGUGGAGGCUGGAGUCUGCAUGCCUCUUGAGAGGCCAGUAGUGUCUGUCAGCACAGAGCUUGUGCCCUGUACUAAGAUCUCCAUGGAGUUGUUUGAUCCAAUCUACUCUUGCGGCAUCCUGAGGCCCUCUGGUCAUGUAGUUAAAUGCUUUCAUGAUGUCUACCCUGACUACGAUGAACUUCGACAGAUGUUACAGGAAGAGGAUUCCCAGCACUACUAUGUUGUUGGGAGGAUGGAGCGGGAGGAGUUUUUGUUUCGCCUUUUCAAGCACCUGUGUCUUGGCGGAGAGCUCUGUCAGUAUGAAGACACCAUCGACCCCUACAUCAGCACCACAAAGAAAAUAUACAAAGACCUGAUAAGUGUGCAAAAGGACGCAAAAACAAAGAAGAUUGAUGUGGUGUCCACCGUACUCAAAGUAUGUGCCUAUGAUGAGUCUGGCCAAUGUUUUCCUGGAACACGGGAGGAGGAGCAGACGUUUGCCUAUUUAAUUGUGGAUCCUGUCAAACGAAAUGUGACUUUGCUCUACCACAUCUAUGGAGUGGGAAAAAUGUCGCUGUAAAAGCUGGAAAAGGAAAACAAAUCUGAACCAGCUACAGAAUUAAUUGUUGCUUGGUCCAAAAACACUGUAUCUACAUCUUCGAUUUCUGGUUUUGGUCAUUAUAGUAUAUGCUAUUGAGACUAUAGUGUCUUGAAAAAUAGCUGUAGGUUAUAUGUUUUAUUUAAACUGAGUUGAGCAAUUAAAAGAAAUAAAAAUCUGAACUAAUUUUCCUCAUAAUGAUGAAUUUGUGUUAGAAAAUCCAAUAAAAUUAAUAUUUAUCAACAUCCACAUGUUAUCACUUACCCAUUUUGUGACAAUAUGUAGAAAGCUCUGGAAGGUACAGUAGCAACUCACUGUAAAAUUUUCAAAAGUAGUUUGUUGUUGUGUAUUAAACCAUAGUUCAAUGUGUCAUAAUGUGAAGAAAAAAGAAGAGACCCAGAGCAACAAACAGUCCAAAGAGCUUUAUUGAAACAAAUAAAUUAAUAAGUUAGUUUUCUAAAAAUUUCUUUUCAGCAGAAACACAUUUUUUGUACCUCUUUAAAAGAUCAAAUAUAGGUUAGAUUAGAAAACAAACCAAUGUUGCAUUUUGUUCAGUCAACUGCCCCACCAUUUGGACUUGGAAGACUUUGUAUUGAGUUUGUGUUUUGCUUAUUGCUCGUUCAGUUCGUGCUUUAUUCUAACAGCUCCAAAACCUACAGUAGGAAAGCAGCUAAAAGAGUAAUGAGGUGGAAUGUCGAAUGGCAGCAAGUCAGUGAAAAGAUGGACGGAUGGUAGGACGUCACUAACAGAUAAGAGAACGUGCAGAUUGGUUCAUGCAUAGCAUUCAGUCAGUUGGACAGUCACUGACUGCUUCUCCUAAUCAGGUUUCUAAGCUAGCGCCCCCUAGCGGCCUCAGAGGUAGUUGUGUGGAAGCCAAUCUUAUCUAAUGUGACAUGCUUGUGACGGCACACAUGCCUGCAGAGAUUCCUGUGUCGACCCAAAAUGUCCAUGCCUAUAGCUUCCACAUCUAAAGGGUGUUAAGAUACUGUAUGGGUUUCUAUGGAGGUACGAUGAUAUGCCGACGAUACAGUAAUAUUCUCAGAAAAUUACAGUAGUUGUAAAAGAUACAAUUUUUACAACUAAGUUUUUCUUUCGUUAAAUGUUAUGCAAAAAAAAAAGUAAAAAAGCAUUCUUUUGUGUAAUUUCUACAAAACAUACAGUACUUCUUCCAAGCAUUUUUUAUUGUUUUAAGUAGGAGAUAGAAAAGCUCACCACACCUUUCACGGAAUAAGGAGAAACAAGGCACAGGUUAUUUGCUUUUAUCUUCUUCCUGGAACAUAUUUUUGGGUGUUUUUUUUUUCCUAAUACGGGGACCACAUUAGGAACAACAUGCAAUAAAUGAUCUUCCAUUAAUUAUCAUGAAUAACAGCGUCAUUCAUGGUAACACUGCCUCUAAUAAACAGGGAUCGCUGCAGUAAUUAAGUCCCUAGAAAUAAAGCUUUCCAAGCAUUUUCCAUGGAAAUAAGCAGAAAACUUGGAUGGUGCCUAAAGCAAUUUCUAGCAUCAAGAGCCAUUGGAGCAGAAAUAGAUCUGAACAGGCCAAGCAAUGAAGUACAUUCACCGUUUAAAAGUCUCACUUAAGUGGAAAAGUGAAGCACCUGAGUCAGCUGGACGUGACUGGGGAUGGAAGACUUUCUCACUGGACAAAAACAAUGAAGAGAUUUUUUUAACUGUUGCAGGCAGGAAAUGUGAACAUACACUAAACACGACAUCCAUGUUCAAGAUCAAUGAGUCUGUGGGCCAAAUCAGCUUUGGGGCCGUACAGUUCUGUCAAAAUUGCUGCGUUUAUGUCUAAGAAAAAAUAUCAAAACAAAUCCUAAAUUUACGUCAGCCACCACAAAACUUCAAAAAAGAAAAAAAAAAGUUAUUUUUUUUAACAUGUUUUGUCAAAUUAAACACAUGGGAAUAGGAAAUAGGCAGAGGCUAAAUUAAACAACAAAAUGGCGUUCCAUUUAUGAAGUGC